GUUUAUUGGCGAAGAGUCUGUAGCAAAUGGUGCAAAAAUUGACUACACCGAUGCACCUACCUGGAUUAUUGAUCCAAUUGAUGGCACCACGAACUUUGUUCAUAGAAUUCCAAUAAUUGCCAUAUGUGUAGGACUGGCUAUUAAGAAACAGUUACGUGCUGGUAUUGUUUAUAAUCCAAUUACUAAAGAACUUUAUACCGCGCAGUCGGGGCGAGGAGCUUUUCGAAAUGGUUUUCCAAUCCAUGUUUCUGCUACAAAAGAAAUAAGUCGAUGCUUAAUUGGUCAGUCCCACGGAAUUCAUAACUUGGUCCAAUUUGGUGAGAAAUGGUUGAAAAUCACGAUGGACAACCAUAGCCGGCAAUGUCUUGCAGGCAUACGGGGACAUCGAUCAUUCGGCUCUGCAGCUAUGAAUAUGGUCUAUGUGGCUCAAGGUGUGUUGGAUGCAUAUGUUGAAUACGGUCUCCACGCAUGGGAUGUUGCCGCUGCUGGAAUCAUUGUUAAGGAAGCCGGUGGUGUGUUACUAGAUCCAACAGGAAUCGAAUUUGACAUUAUGAGCCGUCGAGUUCUCUGCACCUCAACCCCCGAACUGGCUAAGGCAAUAAAAUCAACUCUCAGUCACGUUGAAUACGAGAAAGAAGGAUAA